AUGGCUUCCGAAGAUCCAUUCGUAAAUGACUCGGAGAAGCCAGAUCCUACGAGCACUAUGAGCAACCCUGGAUCAGAGAUUGCCAGGGACCAAGAGUAUGAUAGCAAGACCGAGAAGUUUUCACUUGGUCGGCGAGGCCAAUUGGUGUUUUUUACCUUGGCCGUUCUUACGCUGAUGGCUGCUUUGGAUGGGACUUCUCUUUCGGUUGCUUUACCGACAAUUGCCAAAGCCUUGAAUGGCACAGCUAUUGAAGCCUUCUGGAGUGGAACGUCUUUCCUACUCUCCUCAACAGUCUUUCAACCUAGUUUCGCAUCCUUGUCCAACAUUUUCGGUCGGCGCCCUAUGGUUCUACUUGCUAUUCUCUUCUUCUGUGUUGGCGCCAUCAUCGCUGCAGUUGGCGACAACUUCACAUACAUGUUGGUCGGUCGGACUAUACAGGGUGUCGGGGGUGGUGGUAUCAUUGCCUUGAGUGAGAUUAUUGUCACAGAUCUCAUCCCAUUGAGAUAUCGUGGUCAAUACUUUGGUAUCCUGAGUGCCAUGUGGAGUCUUGGCUCUGUGACAGGGCCUAUUCUUGGUGGAGGCUUCGCAGAGAAUGUGACCUGGCGAUGGAUCUUCUAUAUCAAUUUCCCCUUCAUCGGAUUUGGCGCUGUCUUUGUGGUUCUCUUCUUGAGGCUCAGCGUCCUUCCAAGCUCUCUAGUCGAGAAGCUUCGUCGCAUCGACUAUAUCGGAACAGUAUUGUUCGUUGGCAGCAUGUCAUCAUUUUUGAUUCCUCUUACUUGGGGUGGAGUCUCAUACCCCUGGGACUCAUGGCAUACUCUGGUACCAUUGAUCAUCGGUGCAGCCGGGUUAUUUGUCUUCGCCUUUUAUGAAUAUCGUUUCGCCGCCGACCCAAUCAUUCCACCAAAAGUCUUCCGCAACCGUACGGCAACAGUUUCCUUCAUCGGAAGUGUCUUGCAGGGUCUGAUCCUGUGGUGCACGUUGUACUAUCUUCCUCUCUACUAUGAGGCCGUGAAGGAAUAUAGCCCGAUCAUCUCUGGGAUCGCUCUGUUCCCGGAAACCUUCACAGUCGCUCCAAGUGGCAUGGCUGCUGGUAUUCUCAUCACUAUCACGGGCCACUAUCGUUGGGCAAUCUGGCUUGGCUGGGUGGUGUCAACUAUCGGUCUGGGAUUGAUGUGUAUCAUCAAGUCUUCAACCAGCAUCGCGGGCUGGAUUUUACUCAACAUCGUUCCGGGUAUAGGACUUGGCCUGCUUUUCCCUUCGCUCGGCUAUGCCGUCCAGGCAUCAGCAACCUCGGAGAACUUAGCUAUUGCAGUCGCCAUGUUUAGCUUCUUCCGUGCUCUGGGUCAGGCAAUCGGCGUGGCUGUUGGUGGUGUUGUCUUCCAGAACCGUAUGCGCCAUAAUCUGUUGAGGUACCCUGCGCUUGCGCCCAUGGCCGACGCGUACAGUCAAGAUGCAGCUGGUCUGGUCCAGAUCAUCAAGGGAAUGGUAGACGGCGUCAACAAAUCUGAUCUCAAGGAUGCAUACACUGAUAGUCUACGCAUUGUGUGGGCAGUUUGCUGCGCGAUCUCAGGAGUUGCUCUUCUAUUCAGUCUUUUGACCGAGUCUUAUGAUCUCGAUCAGACUUUGGAGACGAACCAAGGCCUGCGGGAUCCGGAUGAGAAGGAACAAAGCGAGAAGGAUCUUGAGGCCUCUGCCGACAAAGCUGUCCAGGGGAAUACACCCUGGGCCUAUUGA